AUGACUGACACAAAGAGAAAGAGGAGAGACACCCGCUAUAUGUUCUCUAGGCCUUUUAGAAAACAUGGAGUUGUUCCUCUGGCCACAUACAGGCGAAUCUACAAGAAAGGUGAUACUGUAGACAUCAAGGGAAUGGGCACUGUUCCAAAAGGAAUACCCCACAAAUGUUGCCAUGGCAAAACUGGAAGGGUCUACAAGCUUACCCAGCGUGCGGCUGGCAUCAUUGUAAACAAACAAGAUAAGGGCAAGGUUCUUGCCAAGAGAAUGAAUGCACACACUGAGCAUAUUAAGCACGCUAAGAGCCAAGACAGCUUCCUGAAACUGGUGAAGGAAAAUGAUCAAGAAAAGAAGGAAGCCAACGAGAAAGGUACCUGUGUUCAACUGAAGCGCCAGCCUGCCCCACCCAGAGAAGCACACUGUGUGAGAAGCAGUGGAAAGGAGCCUGAGCUGCUAGAGCUCAUUCCCUAUGAAUUUGUGGCAUGA